AUGGAGUGCGAUGAAGAGGAGUCGCGACUGCAGCACAAAAGGGUGGCGGCGCAUCAGCGGCAGGAGACGCAUGCCGCGUGGAAGCGCACCUUCUUCCAGACGAGGCCGCCACCGCCUUCGAUUGGUCGACUGCACCGACGCCAGCAGGGAGUCACCAAAGGCCACUCGUGCCACAAUGCCUUCAAUACCGCACUAGCGCUGGCGAAACAGGAGGGCGAAGACGAGUCCACUCGUGAUUCCAACGCGCGUGCCCCGCUGCCAUCUUCGCCAACACUCACGACAAGUACGACAACGACUGCGGCUGGCAUGCUGUCGAAGCAGGAGGCGUGGGCGGCCCAGCUGCAGGGCGAGAAUGAACGGCGCAACCCUUUCACCGACCUCAACGUCCGCUCAGACCCCCUGCGCACUGUCGUCAUGGCCAACCUGCAUCCCGAGACGGUCGAGGAGGACUUGCGUCACUUUGCCGAUCAGUUCGGCCGUGUGCGGAGCGUGCGCAUUGUGCGCCACCACAAGACCGGCAAAAGUUGCCGUUACGCCUUUGUGGAGUUCAACCUCGUCGGGGAGGCCCGCAAAGCCGUCCAGUUUCACCGCAAGAAGCGACUGAAGGGUUACUCGAUCAUCAUCGACAGGGAGAAGGGCCGCACUGAGCCGGGCUUUCUGCCGAAGCGACUCUUGGCGGCCUCAUCCUUUUGGACGCCCCCUGCGAAUGGUGCGCGCUCUGCGACCUCAACCGAGAGAGAAGAGGCGAAACAUGUGGAUUCUGCGGCGCUGGGCACCGCGGGCGUCAAGGUGGCGCCGUCGAUGCCAGAGAAUGAUGACGACUUCCUCAACGCCAUUUUGAACAGCUGA